AUGAGUCGCUCCUCAAUCAGUGCGUCAGCUGGGCCUUUGCAGCAAGCGGCCCCUUUGGAAAUGGAUGCAUUUGACGAGCCCAAUUGCCCAUUGUCACCAGAGGCCGAAGUUGUUCUAAAUCUCCAGAUCAUGGAGAAAGAAAUGGGGCUGCGGCCGGCACAAUUUGCCAGAAGGCCAUCGCAUUCAGGUUCUAAUGUCACGACACACCGAGGGACUUUGAGGAAUGAGCCUGAGACCACUGUGGAGGAAACGAACAACCCACCACUCACGGUGGACGACAAAGGCCAAGUUCGAUAUUUCGGCUAUUCUUCUUACAUGAGGAUGGUCUCUGUUCUUCCUCAGUCAAAAUCAUCACCAACAGAACGCGCGUCAAAUUCGCCGUUGGACAAGUCUCUCGACAGCAUGGAGGGGGAGGCAAUGGCCGAUAGUCCUGAAACUCAAAUGCGUCUGAUUGAUCUGUUCUUCAAAUAUCAAAAUGCUGCUAUACCUAUCCUAGAUGAGGAGGCUUUUCGGUCGGGUUAUAUGACAGGGGAACGAUCGGACUACUUCUCGCGAUUUCUUCUGUACUCGCUGCUUCUCAGGGCAUUGAAUUUCGACGACGAUCGACAACACCGGGAAACACUUGCGACUAUCUAUACCCGCCGGGCAAAGGCCAAACUUCUGUUCGAGCUAGAGAAUCCCACCAUUGCAACGAUACCAGGCUUGUGUCUGUUUGGUUAUUACUUGGGGGGAGUAGGAGGUGACAGCUGGAGAGCGUGCUGGCUCUACCCAGGCAUAGCGUAUCGCUUAGUCUUCGAUUUUGGUUUACAUGAAGACUGCAGGAAAUUGGUUGCUGCUGGGCUUCUCACCGAGGUUGAUCAACGAGUCCGACGGAUCACGCUCUAUGGAUGUUACGUUCUUGACAAGCAAGUUUCGUAUCAAGGGCGGCCAACGGCCAUUCAUCUGGAUGAUCUGAACGUGUCCCAACUCUCCGCGCAACCCGUCGGUGCAACAGAUCAACUUGUGGCCGCUUGGAUUGGGCUAGCAUCGGUGCUGAACGAUAUACUUUCCAUCAUUACCGGGGCCCCGGAGAAAAUAUAUCAAAAUUCCUCGGUGAAGAAACUCUCGGAGGUGAGCCGGAAGUUGCUCGCUUGGUUCAUGAAUCUCCCACAAGAGCUACAAUUGGACGCAGAUCGUCCGAUCCCGCCGGGCGUUUGUGCCCUUCAUAUCCAGUUUCUUGCCACAAUGAUCCUUCUCAACCGUCCUUUUGCAACCUACAUAUUCAACCGCGGCAACAAAUCAGUUUCGCAGCGCCCUUGUUUAGAAGGCCAGACGACCGAUCUUUCACAGCAGAUAUGCACGGCCAAUCCGAUCCGAAUAUCAAAGUUACUCCUGACCUAUAGACGACAGCAUGGUGCGUCAAAGGUAUUCACGACUAUCAACCCCGCAUGUCUCUCGGCUGCCGUUGCCCUGAUCUCGGAUAUAGUCAGUGCUAAACCGGGCGAGGAUAAAGAGCCAGAGAAAACGUGGUUGGCAGCCAUCAUGGAGACACUGGAAGAAAUUAUACCAUGGUAUCCGGUUGCGCAACAGAGUCGCAACACCUUGGCUGCUAUCAUGAAAUUUUGCGGGCUGUCGGAUAUUAUCAACGACCUUUCAUCCAGUCAGGGAAACGCUCCGGUGGAAAUGCUUCCUGACCAUGGGCCUACGGAGGCACCAGGGGCCGGAGGGAACAUGGUUGCGGACUGGUCGUUUGACCUUGGUUUCCCAUUUGAUUCGGUUUAUGACGUUCAUGACAUUAGCCUCACUGGUUUCUAUGCACAGCCCUGCAGAUGA